CACGUCAGUGUGCUCUCAAAACAAAUACGUAUACUGCAUGCUGUAUACAAUAUUGUGCGCCUUGUUCAUCUAUGCGUUUUGAGUCUUCUAUUUGCGACAUAUUAAGCGUUAUUUCGUACUAGAAUCCUAGAGGAUUUGUGCAUUAGUCCAUUUAGCUCGUAUUUUCGCCCCAAAGUCCCGUCCAGAGCCGGUUGUCGUCGCAACAAUGGAAGUAGAUCGCGUCGCAUCGGACUCUGAAAACGUGGCGGCGGACGAAAAACAAGUCGAGGUCGACGGAGCUGGGGACGCGGCCGCCUCGCAACCGGAGAAAUUGCGUCGCAAAAACAAGAAAUACUCCCGUAGCAACAGCAAGGAAGCCGCCGCACCUGUUACUGGCGUCAGCUCGUUUCCGAAGUAUCGCAGCUGGAAGAAUAGCCGCCGACCGCGCAAUGGGCACGGCAGGGGCUUGCCUAAGAAAGGUUACACGUAUUACCGAUUUUGAUGGCGUUGCUGGUGUCCUGUUCUGCUCAAAGAAGAUUUACUGUAAACCCCCAGACCAAUACUAUCCCAUGGAGGCAACAACCAAUGCCACAACAAAAAACAGGUACGUCAAAUGGCGAGAGCUGCUUCACCACAGAUCAGCAAGAAGGCGUAUGUGUCAAAUAUACCAUGUGUAUGGACGAACCGCCAAAAAUCGACGCCACCCGCGCCUUCGUAUACAGGAGCCAAGACACAAGCCAAUGCCCGUUCCUCCAGAUCUGUUGUCCCCGUAACAGAAUACGUACGACCCCAGUUGUGCCCCCCAUCAACCCCACUACAGGCUGCGGGUACAGCAACAUAGGCGCUGGAGUUUUCAGACAGACUGGCACCACCGCCAGUGGACGAGCUGACUUCGCAGAGUUCCCCUGGAUGGUCGCUUUGUUGAAGAAAACCGAUGGUGUCUGGAACGACAAGGACUACAUAGGAGGAGGGACCCUCAUAAGCCCGUCUGUCGUCCUAACCGCCGCACACAAGGUUGACUCGUUAAGGCCAAAUCAGCUCAAGUGCCGCGCCGGUGAGUGGGAGACGCAGAAUGAGAACGAAUACCUUCCAUACCAGGAACGUGACGUCGACAGAAUCAACACACAUCUAGAGUUUGCGAGACUGGACGCCCACUACGAUGCCGCGCUGCUGUUCCUGGUGACGCCGUUCACAAUCCAGGGGCACAUCAAUUUGGCGUGUCUCGCGCCCACUCUCCCUCCCCCCGGGACUGUUUGCUACGGCAUGGGGUGGGGCAAGGACUUCACCAACUCCCAAUACAACGCCCAUGUGCUGAAGAAGAUACCCUUACCCCUAGUCGACAAAGCGGAUUGUGAAAGGAUGCUGCGCAAAACGAUUCUGGGACCACAAUAUACCGUGCACAGGACCCUGACCUGCGCAGGAGGAUAUGCCGACGUAGACACUUGCAUGGGUGACGGUGGGGCGCCUCUUGUCUGUCCUAUCGGGGACCCAAGUGAGACGCGCUACAUGGUGGUGGGUAUGACGGCAUACGGGCUCGACAGGUGUGGUAUAGACGGCGUGCCCGGCGUCUACGUCAACGUGCCAAAACUGUACCGCUGGAUCACGUCGCAGGUGGACGUCGCGCAAAUCUAGACCCACGAACAACAUCAUGACAUGAAGCGUUGGACGUCUUCGCCGCAACAGCCUUUGGAAUAAUUUCCGAUACUUUAUUGUUUGUCCUAUAAAUUUUAUACAAAUAAAUAUGUCGCUAACGCAUUGAAACUGAGGCGAACAAAAUUUAUUUAUUUAUUUCAUAUUUUAUACCCAAUUGUUCAACGGCCUUCGGCGGGGAUUUGUGAUAGGGUCUCCGAGGGUUCCCAACUUAGGGGAUUUCCCCCCAGAUUUAGGGGGCAAAUGAGUGAAAUGGGAUUUUUUUAGGCGUCUGAAAUUUUCAGGGAUUUUUUGACUCUUUAAUAUUUUUAAAUUGAUGACAAAUUUAUUAUUUUCUUGACCUAGCGACUUAUAACGACAUAUAAUACGUUAUUCUACAACCACUCUGAGGCAACUGGCGGUAAUUUUCAUCGAAUAAAAAAAAUUGUUAAAUUUAUUCAUUGUCACAUGUAUGAUUUCAAAAAAUCUGAAUCUUCAGAUAAAGACGUAGUAUUUUGUUUGUAUUAAAUAUAGACUUUUGAAAUAUAUUACAGCAUAUUAUUUCUAAAUUAUUAUGAAUUUAUAUUUUUUAGGGGGUCAACUCAAUAAUUAAGGCGAUUUUAGGGGUUUUUGACACAAACUUUAGGGAUAAAUAUUUUGAAGAGUUGGUA